CGUUUUUCAAGUUUUAUUCUUUUGGACGUUUCUUUUGUUUUUGUCACAAAACAUUGAUCAAUUACGUUACAAUACAAAAAUUGUACAUUUUCUGUUCUUAAGGGUUCUUUGUUUAAUCUUCUUUAGCUAUCUAGUCCUUCCUUACUUGCUAAUCUGACAUGGAUGGCUUCUUUAACCAAUGAAAGGAAUUGAGAUUAAAAAAAAAGUUUUUGUUGGUGGUAACUGCAUGUUGGUGAUUAUGAGUACUGUCGAAUAGCAGUUAUAGCGUAGCGGAUUUUGACCUAGUCGAUAUUGUUUUAUGAUACGCUAUUUAGUACAGAGUGUUGUCAAAUAGGGCUUCUAACUGUUGCGUAGCAUAGUUUGAACAUACACAAUUGAAGAAACUGAUUCAGAGUACCGUGAAUUGAUAUGAAUUUCAGGCUUUGAAGAGUUCUUUGGGUGAUAUGACACAAAGGGAAUUUCUUUGAAAUGUAUCUUUGUGGAAAUCUUAGGUUGCUUGUCCCACUAGGAACCUAGUAAUGAAUCCCCCAUCUGGUAUAAAGAUUACAGUACCCAGAGAAUUGGGUAGUCCAAAGGACAUUUUCAAUGGAAUUGAUAGAGUUGGGCAUGUAGUAAACACUCAAUGUGAGGUGGAAGCUAAACAUCGAUCGGUUUUGGUUCAAUGGUUAAAUAGUCUUCUUCCUUCAUUGGACUUCUCAACAAAUGUCACAGAUGGUGAAUUAAGAGCAUGCUUGAGCAGUGGUACAGUUUUGUGCCAGAUACUAAACAAACUACGACCUGGUCCCGUAACUAUGGUCAGUGAAUCUGAUCAUUCUCUGCCAUCACAAUCAGAAAAUGUUAAAACAUUUCUGAAAGCUUUGGAUGGAUUGGGAUUGCCAAGGUUUGAAAUAUCAGACCUAGAGAAGGGAUCUAUGAAGCCUGUUGUGGAUUGUCUUUUAAUACUCAGAGCGAAAAGUUUGAUGAAUUCUUUGGGAGAUAAUGCUUCUUUAAGUAAUUCCAAUGCAUCAAGCCCUCGUGGGUAUGGAUCUUCGAGUUUUCAUUCUUCCCCACCAUUUGGUGUGGACAACAGGAAGCUUACAUCUGAGUCAAGGUUUCAACGUGUUAUGAGUUUUAGCCCUUCUAUGGCGGAACCAUCAGCUUCAUUAAUAUACCAGGUUGGUCAUAAGUUCCACGAGGUUUUUCAAAUUAAACCUGGAAGCUAUUCAGAUCUUCCUGCCGCAAAAAUAUCAGAAAUGAUGAAAUCAAACAGUUUAGAUAAUGCUCCCACUCAAUCGCUAUUAAGUGUUGUCAAUGGUAUUCUUGAAGAAAGCGUCGAGAGAAGAAACGGAGAAAUACCUCAUCGGGUGGCAUGCUUGUUGAGAAAGGUUUCACAGGAGAUCGAACGCCGCAUAUCGACACAAGCAGAACACAUACGAACUCAAAGUAAUCUUUUUAAGGCCCGGGAAGAAAAAUAUCAGUCGAGAAUAAGAGUACUCGAGGCACUUGCAUCUGGAACUAGAGAAGAGAGUGAGUUCUCUACUUAUCAGAGCGAACUUUUGCAACAGAUGAUUUCUAGCCAGCUUCAACAGUUGAAGGAUGAGAAGGUCACAGAGGAAGAAAAGAAGGAAAAUGAAAAAGAAAUAAUUAGGUUGACGAAAAUGCUAGAGGACAAAAAUUUGGAAAUUUCAGAAUUGAAACAAAAACUGGAAGCAACCAAAAAAACAUAUGAAGCGAAAUGCUCACAGUUGGAAGAAGAAACCAGGGAUGCUAAAGCAGAAUUGAGACAGAAGUCUCAAGAAUAUGAGUAUCGACUCGAAGAACUGAGGAACGCAGUUAAGGAGAUUGAGGAUUCUUCGGAUUCAAAAUAUCAGGAGUGGAGAGUGAAAGAGAACCAAUUGCAGACUGUUAUAAAUUGUCAAUUUAGUUCCCUGCAGAAACUGAAAUCAUCGUGGGAGUCCAUUAAGCAAGAUGCUAUGAAAGGGAAAACCGUUUAUGUAGAGGAGUGUAAUCGAUUACGUGUAAAUCUCAAACCACUCAUACAUGCAUCUCAGAACUAUCAAGCCGUCCUUGCUGAAAAUAAAAAAAUGUUUAAUGAAGUUCAAGAAUUAAAAGGAAAUAUCAGAGUAUUUUGUCGAAUUAGACCAUUCCUUAUAGACAAAAAGGAAAAACAGUCUAUUGUAGAAGACAUAGGUGAAAGUGAUUUGGUUGUGGUAAAUCCCUCCAAAGAAGGGAAAGAUGUACAUCGAUCAUUUAAGUUCAACAAGAUUUUCGGCCCUGCCGCAACUCAAGGAGAUGUAUACGCUGACAUUCAACCUUUUGUAAGAUCGGUACUCGAUGGAUAUAAUGUAUGUAUAUUCGCUUAUGGCCAAACCGGGUCCGGAAAAACUUACACAAUGACUGGUCCAAAUGGAGCAACAAGUGAGAAACUCGGUGUUAAUUAUCGAGCUCUAAAUGACCUCUUCAGAAUUUCCACAAGCAGAGGAAGCCUCAUAGACUAUGAGAUUUGGGUUCAAAUGGUUGAGAUAUAUAACGAGCAAGUUCGUGACUUGUUAUCAACUGAGGAAUCUCCAAAGAGACUUGGGAUUUUGACUCAAUCUCAAUCAUACGGUAUAGCAGUACCAGAUGCUAGCAUGUUCCCCGUAAAAUCACCUUCAGAUGUCAUUAAGUUGAUGGACAUUGGACUUAAAAAUAGAGCAAUCGGUUCGACUGCUAUGAAUGAAAGAAGUAGCCGUUCUCACAGUGUGGUCUCAAUUCAUGUUCGUGGAAAGGAUUUCAAGUCUGGUUCUACUAUGCAUGGUAAUCUUCAUUUGGUAGAUUUGGCCGGAAGUGAAAGAGUAGAUCGAUCUGAUGUAACCGGGGAUAGACUUAAGGAAGCACAACAUAUAAACAAAUCACUUUCUGCCCUCGGAGAUGUAAUCUUUGCCCUUUCUCAAAAGAGUCCCCAUGUACCAUAUAGAAACAGCAAGCUUACUCAACUUCUGCAAACGUCUCUUGGCGGUCAAGCAAAGACUCUCAUGUUUGUCCAGAUUAACUCGGACGUCAGUUCGUAUUCUGAAACUUUGAGUACUUUAAAGUUUGCUGAGAGAGUUUCCUCAGUUGAACUAGGAGCUGCACGAAAUAACAAGGAGACGAGAGAAUUAUCUGAACAGGUGACUUCUAUGAAGAACACUAUUUUGAAAAAAGAUGAGGAGAUUGAAAGGCUUAAAUCACUGAACGCAUCCAUUGGUGGUAUUUCUAAGCAAAUUCAAAAAGUAUCAAGUGGAAGUUUUAAGCACCUUGUUGAAGGUGAUAUCAAACAACAAAUGGAUGACCAUAAAACUGAGUAUCUCCGUUCGCCUGAAAAGGCUAGGCGAGUAACUCAAGGAGUCUCAGCUACAGAUUUUCAACAAAAAUCAAGUGAUUUUUCUGACAACAAGGAGUCUCGGCUUAAAUCACUGAACAAGUCCGUCAGUGGUAUUUCUAAGCAAAUUCAAAAAGUAUCAAGUGGAAGUUUUAAGCACCUUGUUGAAGGUGAUAUCAAACAACAAAUGGAUGACCAUAAAACUGAGUAUUUCCGUUCGCCUGAAAAGGCUAGGCGAGUAACUCAAGGAGUCUCAGCUACAGAUUUUCAACAAAAAUCAAGUGAUUUUUCUGACAACAAGGAGUCUCGGCUUAAAUCACUGAACAAGUCCGUUAGUGGUAUUUCUAAGCACAUUCAAAAAGUAUCAAGUGGAAGUUUUAAGCACCUUGUUGAAGGUGAUAUCAAACAACGAAUGGAUGACCAUAAAACUGAGUUUCUCCGUUCGCCUGAAAAAGCUAGGCAAGUAACUCGAGGAGUCUCGGCUACAGAUUUUCAACAAAAAUCAAGUGAUUUUUCUGACAACAAGGAGUCUCGGCUUAAAUCAUUGAACAAGUCCGUCAGUGGUAUUUCUAAGCAAAUUCAAAAAGUAUCAAGUGGAAGUUUUAAGCACCUUGUUGAAGGUGAUACCAAACAACGAAUGGAUGACCAUAAAACUGAGUUUCUCCAUUCGCCUGAAAAGGCUAGGCGAGUAACUCAAGGAGUCUCAGCUACAUAUUUUCAACAAAGAUCAAGUGAUUUUUCUGACAACAAUAGUCUUGCUCUCGGCACAGAAACUGAUGGUUCUUCUGAUAGUUCCAGUAUGAGUGAAGCCAAAAAGACUUCAGAUAAGUCGAAGACGUCCAAAGUAAUAUCCAGAACUGUUCAAGCGGUAAGGAAAUUUGGCCGAAUCUCAUCUACCACAGCUGUAGCAAAGGACCCCUCAAAGAAAUCAUCAGGUACCAUAAAAAGCCCCAGUAUUGGCACACCUAAAGCUCCAAAACGGUGGCAGUAAAAUAGGAGGCAGUACUUGUAGCUACAAUUAAAUUGCAUAGUCUUCAAAAUUUGGCACGUGCUAUGUAAAUAGGGAUUCAGAUUCCAUGCAGCAACUGCGAGAGGGAGUUACUAAUCUUGAUUGUUCGAACUCAAAUCAAUGAUGAAGAUUAUUUGAAGAUAUGUUGGUGAAGGUGUGUAAUGUAUGUCAGCCGAUCUCAAAUCGAUUGUCGAGAUCAAUUAAUGUGUAUAACUGUGUCUUUUUUACUGCACUGAAUCCAGAUUCAUGUAAAUAUAAUAAAGUCAUUGGUAUGUUGGAACUUCUAAUACUUGAAUUCUUAGUCACAUUGGUGACAUUUUGUGGAUAA